AUGGAGGGAACACAGAAAUCAAAGAAGUUUAAUUUUGUGAUGCCUAAGCCAAUCCCGAAAUGGAAGCCAGAAAAGCCAACAAGUGUGGAAUCUGGACAGGGUGGAUUGAUUCACGAAGAUGUCUCUAGUGUGGACGUUGAGAUUUUACAAUCAAAUCCCUUAAUUGUUAGGGCUUUACCAUUUGGAAAGGAAAAUGUGGAGACGCAACUUGCUGCGGAGGAGGUUGCGCAAACCCUAGAUGCCGGAUGCACGCAGGCUGCGGAAGUUUGUUCGCAUGCUGCACAAACCCUAGACCCGGGGAAUGCGACUUCUUCUGGACUCACAGCUUCUGAAAAGGCGGUGAUACCAGUUGAUGUCAUGGAGACUUUUGGAUCUCAGCUUGAUACUGGGAAAGAGAUUUCGGAUGUGGUAAGUGCAGGGACUGAUAAGCCUUUGAUUGUGGUUGCCGAAAAUGAGUUGCAAGGUGAUCCUGUCACGCGACUUUCUGGAAAUCAGUUUGGGCUUCUAUCUGAUACAGUCAAUCAGGUGGACAUUAAUGAUAGUUCUAAUGAUAGUUUUGAUGAAGAACGCGAAGCUAUUUUGGCAAAUACUUCUGUCGGGAGUACGGCUCCGGAACUAAUGCACUAUGCUUUGGAUGAAAAAAAUUUUGCGCGUAAAAGAGGAAAGGAGGUGGAAGAGGCGGACACAGAGGGUAGGUGGUCUGAAGGGGAGAUGGAAGAUCCGCAAUUGGAUGAAAUGAGCCAGGGUUUUGUGACCGUUAAGCAAAGUAAAAAUGGUUUCUCAUCUAGAGUGUUGAAGAAUAAAAUGCAGGUCAUGCACUUGGAGAUUUCUCAUUUGAAUUUGUUUAAUAAAUUCUACUUGUCCGCUGUCUAUGCCAAGUCUACUAAGAUUGGGCGUCGACAAUUAUGGGAUGAUCUUCAUUCUUUCUAUCAAGCGCAUCAAGGAGAGAUAUGGAUGGCGGGAGGAGAUUUUAAUGUGAUACGUUCAUUGGAUGAAUAUUCGGGGUUUUCGGUCCAAGACAGAGUUGAAGCAUGUGUCGGGUCUUCAAAACUUACAGUAAAAAUUUAUCAUGGUGGGGGUUUUGUGAGGAGGAAUGGUAUAUUACUUUAUAUUCAGGGUCAGGUUGAUUAUUUUGACCAUGUUGAAUCUGGGAGUAUUUCUAUUGAAGAAGUUGAGUUUUUCAUAGAGCGUUUAGGAUAUUGUGGGCCUCAUAAGAUUUAUUUCAGGGACUUGAGUGUGAAAGAACAUUCUGGUAUGAGGAGGUUAGUUGGAGAUGAAGAUUUGGAGAAUGGAUUGAUUAAUUUUGCUGUUGAUUCUGUGAGAGCAUCGGGUUGGAGUACAUUGCAAAAGCCAACAGAAUUUGUGCCUUAUGAAUUAGAUGAUGGAGUAAUAGAUGAUUCUGAAGAUGAUUGUGGUUCUUGCUCAGAUGGAGGGGAGUAUGUUAUUCCACGUAAACCCAAAAAAAUGGGUAGACCAAAGAGGAAAAACACUGAAACUGAAAAUGUAAACCAGAAUGCAACAGUGGACAUUCAACCACAGAGGAGAGGAAGGAAACCCAAUCAGAACUCAUUUUGUAAGUUCUGCAAGAAAACAUGCCAUUAUGCAUCAAUAUGCCAGGAUCUACUAAAGCGAAAACAGUUAGCAGAAGAGCGAGCUGCUCUGAGGCCCUGGGAGUGUACAUAUUGUCAUAAACCAGGACAUAAAGAAGAUAGUUGUCCUAUCUUGGCACAAGAUGAGGACGAGCUGAAGAUAUGGCUAAAAAAAACAAGGAGAAAAAUCCUAAUUCUACAAAAGCCGGAGAAAGGGCUGCCAAUAACACAGAGAAGAACCAAGCUGCCGAAACCAGAGAAAGGGUUGAAAAAAAACCUAGACAAGAACCAAACUGCUGAAAAUAGACAAAGUGCUGAGAAAAACAAAGGGAAAAAGCCAGCUGCCCAAACCGAAGGAAGGGCUGAAAAAAUCAAAGGGAAGAAGCCAGCUACUGAAGGAAGAGUUGUAAAAAACAAAGAGAAGAACCAACCUGAUGAAGCCAUCCUGAAAAAACUAAGGAAGCCGAUUGAUAGUGAUGCGUCUGGCAGUGAUCAAAAGACUAAGAUGGAAAAUGCUGAGAAUGUGAAUGCGAAAAGAAACCACAAUGAUGGUUCUGAGAUAGGCAGCAAUUCUGAAAAUAAAAGAGAAAUCCAAAGAGGCCUACGCCCUAAUGUGGGAAUUAAUUUCUGGUAUGAUCUUUGUAGAUAUGGAAACCACACUACUGAGAGUUGUGUGGUACUAAAAGCUAAAGGGCAGAUGCGUUGUUGUAAGCCUAAUGAGAUGCCCUUGAACCAUCUGGGUACACUGAUGAUGAUGAUUACAUGUAGACGCAAUGAUCACAAUGAUGAUAAUUGUCGCAUACUCGAUACACAAUGUUCAUAUUGCAAGAAGUUUGCACGUACACCAGUAGAUUGCCCUGAGCUUGAGCUGGAUAAUCUGAUAGUUGUGAAGAAAAAAGCAUCAUCGCAGAACAUUCAGGCAAAGAGGAAUAUUCUGGCAGCUGAGCAGGAACAACCAUCAUCGGAGAACAUUCUAGCAAAGGAGCCUAUUUUACAACAACCAAACACAAAUCCACCAAGUCAUCCAAUUUCCAAAGCUAAAAGGAAUGUCAAGUAG